GGACGUGAAAUUCCAAUUGUUCAUCGCGUCAUAAAGGUUCAUGAGCGCCAAGACACUGGAGAAGUUAAUGUCCUUACAAAAGGAGACAACAACUUUGGUGAUGACAGACUUCUCUAUGCUCAUGGUCAACUGUGGCUGCAACGGCAUCACAUUAUGGGGAGAGCUGUUGGGUUCUUGCCUUAUGUUGGAUGGGUGACCAUAAUCAUGACGGAAAAGCCAAUUAUCAAGUAUAUAUUGAUAGGUGCGCUGGGAUUGUUGGUCAUCACAUCAAAAGAUUAGUGGACCAUGGCUUCACAUCAUGGGCACAAAUGAUAGCUUGAAAUUAAAGAGAACUAACUAUGUAUCUGCCAUUUUCAAGAAUCAAGACUCAUUUUUGGACAAUAGAAUACUCUCUCUCUCUCUCUCUC